AUGCCAGAAUUUAGUCAUGCAGCUACUGCUCAGGAAUUCUUGCAAAUGAAAAGGGAUCAAGAGUUAAUCCAAAUUACCAACAAUCAAAAUGAGAGCUUAUCCACUUUUAAAAAUGCGGAACAAAAAUUAGACGCCUUCAAUCGGUUCAGUCAAGCGCGAUAUCAGAAUGUGCAUAAGCAAUUCGAAGCACAUACAAAAUUGCUUAAAGAAGUGAAGGGCGACUUGGAUUCUGUGUUUCGAAAAAUCAACACUAUAAAAAGACAAUUAGCUUCAGUUUACCCUAAAGAAAUGGAUUUGGCUUUAAAAAAGUAUCCGCCAAAGGUAGUUGCAGACGAUGAAGACGACGACGACGAAGAAUAA